AUGGCUGACAUGUUUAUUUACACAGUUAGCAACAAAGCUUUAACAAGCUCCCAAAGAAUUUUUUAUGAAGAAAAUGGUUACAUUUAUUUCAAAAAUUUAAUAAAUCACGAAGAUUUAGAUAAAUACAAACAAAGAUUCAUUGAUAUUUGUAAUGGAAUCGUCGAUUCAAGUGCAAUAACGGUCGUGAAAGAUUACUCUUUGUUGAAACAGAAGAUUUUUAAAGGAGAACGUCUUUUAUACAAAAUACAAGAUUUUUUAUAUGAUUCGGUUUUAUUCGAUUACGCUCGAGAUAAAAGAAUCGUUAACGUUGUAUCAAGCAUAAUUGGUGAUGGGAUAACAGGAUUUAAUUCAAUGUUUAUAAAUAAACCUCCAAAUUCUUUGACAAACAGUCAUCCUUUACACCAAGAUUUACAUUUUUUUCCUUUCCGACCUGAGAAUAAAAUUUGCGGUUCAUGGACUGCUGUUGAAAAAAUGACCGAAGAAAAUGGAUGUCUUAUGGUUAUUCCAGGUUCACAUAAAUCCAGUUUAUUGUUACAUGGGUAUCCUAAUCUUUUAAAUAAUAGUAUUUAUCAUGGAAUAAUGGAUACCAAUCAUUUUAAACCUGUUCAAUUACCAAUGGAAAAAGGUGAUACAAUCUUUUUUCAUCCACUUUUAAUUCACGGAUCAGGACCAAAUUUAACUCAAGGUUUUAGAAAAUGUAUUUCUGUACAUUAUUUAAAUAAUAAUUGUAACUUUAUUAAUAUGAGAGACACAGAGCAGGAAUUCGUUGUUGAUGAAGUUGAAAAAAUUUUCGUUUUAAAAGGAUUUAGUGUUGACUAUAAUCAAUCUUGGAUAGCUAAAAGCAGACGAAUAACUGGCAAACCUGGGAAAUAUCAUGAAUUAACAAGCAGAUUGUAAAAGAUUUUUAAAUCAAAUUAUGAAUUUGAUACUAACUUUUAAAAAUUUAAAAAUAAAAAAAAAUUAAA